CCGGAUAACUGGGUACGCAACGAGCGAUUCGAGUUUUGUUUGUGUGUGCAGUAAUGCAGCGUGAUGUAUAACAGCAGCGACGCGGGCGCGGCGGAAUGGACGCCAGCGUACGAUCAGCUCGCGCCGCUCCUUGUUCUCUACGUGCUCGUCUGUUUCGUAGGGAUCAUUGGAAAUCUGAGCCUGAUGGCGGCGCUGGCGUCGGCGGGAGCGUCGCGGUUACGCACACCGCAGCUGCUGAGCGCGUGCGCAGCCGACCUUCUCGUCUGCGCCGCAAGCGCCCCGCUCGCCGCCACGCGUGCAGCGAGCGCUAACUAUUUGCCCUGCACUAUUACGCUCUAUAUUGAGUCAUUCCCAGUAGCAGCGAGCACAUUGUCCCUGGUCGCAAUGGCUGCGGACAGGUCUGGAGCAGUCCGAAGAGGACAAGGCACUUCAGUCUGCGGGCGGCCAUAUUUUGCUGUGACAUCUGUUUGGGCCACAGCUUUGUUGUUGGGAGCCGCAGCGGCCACAGCCUUCUGCCUAGCGUGCCCACCACUUGCAGCCGCACACUCGCUUGUUACGUACUGCUUCCCAGUGAUGGCUGUGGCCAGGUGCCAUUGGGCGGUGCGCGUCAAGCUGACAGCGCUCUCUUUAACCGCGCGCGCAGCGCACGGCGAGCUCCCGCUGCCGGUGCCUCUUAUCCGCAGACCCACCCACGUGAUUAUUGUGGCUGGCGUCGGCCCCAGAGAACGCCGCGAUGCCGUUGACGUCGGCGACGUUAGAAUCAAGAAGAAGCUACAACCAAGUCUCCUCGGUCCGCAGCCCCAAAUGUCAACAUUGCGAUCGCGACGUCGUCUAGGCAACGUGCUCAUUGGCAUCGCUGGUAUAUUUGCUAUAUGCUGGUGCCCUUACGCGGCUGUAGUGAUAGCCGGCGCGUGUGGACUUCACGUGCCGUUACUGUUAGCGCAGUACGCAUUGUUGCUUGGGCACGCGCACUCGGCACUGAAUGCCGCCGCGUAUUGGGUGUUGAACCGGCACGCGCUGACGGCCGCGUGCGCCGCGUGGCGCAUCCCACAGCUGCGCGUGCGCGAGGAAAGGCCCUCUUCCACCAACGAAGCCGCUCUGGGCGCGUUCCAUCCGCGUCUGACGCGCCCCGCGCCCUCCCCGCGCCCGCCUCCUUCCAGCUUCCUAUAUUGAUGUCCGUCUAUCUUCUAAG